AUGACGCUGUGCUCGAGGUUGCGGUGUAAGAAUUCAUGGCAGCACUUCGGAGCUCUGACAGCAACCUGGCAUCGGACCUGGCCUCUUGGUACUUCUCGUCACCUCUGCAACGCGCCCCGCUGGUGGAGGAACGGCCGAGCACGAACUUUGCACCGGAGCUAUGCGGAAGUGGAGUUGUUGUCCCGGCUUGCGGAGGUCCUGAUGCCAGGUCAGAACAUCAGAGAGCUCUUUCGGGACUUCCCGGUGGAGCCUUCGGAGAAGUGGGGUUCGCGCUGGCUGUGCCCAGACAUCACAGCCUACGGGGUCCUGAAACAGGAAGAUGCAGCUCUCUUCGUCGAGUAUGACGGGCAUUAUCGGCACUAUUGUCCGCAGGGACAGAGCGCAGACGAGCGAAAGACAAACGCCUUGCUGGAGUAUGCGCCCGGCGGCUCGCGCGUGCUGCGAAUCCGGCAUGCGGAACGGAGUUUGAGCCGCAUGGAUAGCUCGAUGCAAGUCACUGUGAAUGCCUGGCGUGCAGGCCACACGCCGUCAUUAAGCCAUGUCUUAUGCCAAACUGUGGGGCACCUUCUCAACGACCACCACCAUGUUUUUCGCCCGGAUGUGUGCAAGCGUCUCCACGCAGUGCACAAAGCAGAGAUGCACGCAAACUUUCCUGAGGCAUGCAAAUUUGCAAGUCAGGCCAUUUUCACAGGGGCCUCUGAGAUCAACAAGGCCAAUGUGCUCAGGUUCCUGGAAGAGGAUUUGGAGUUGCCAACCGCCACGACAAUUGCCGUAGCAACCAAGUUUGCAAGAAUUUCGGGAACCUGCAUCGAUGGAACUCUGAAGGCGACAGCCGCAAGGCUUGAAGAUGUCGGUCUGAGCCGGGCAGAGGUGGCCAAAGUCGUAGCUCGUUGUCCACAGGUGCUGGGCUACAGCAUUGAGGCCAAUCUGAAGCCCACAGUGGCAUGGAUUGAAGAUGUCGGUCUGAGCCGGGCUCAGGCGGCCAAAGUCGUUGCUAGGCAUCCACGAGUCCUGGGCUACAGCAUUGAAGCAAAUCUGAAACCCACAGUGGCAUGGCUUGAAGAUGUUGGUGUAAGCCGGGCGCAAGUGGCCAAAGUCGUGGCUGCUUGUCCGCAGGUUCUCUGCUACAGCAUUGAGGCCAAUCUGAAGCCCACAGUGGCUUGGCUUGAAGAUGUCGGUCUGAGCCGAGCUCAGGCGGCCAAAGUCGUUGCUAGGCAUCCACGAGUCCUGGGCUACAGCAUUGAGGCCAAUCUGAAACCCACAGUGGCUUGGCUUGUGCGUGCUGGGCUGAGCCGAAAGCAGGUAGCCAAAGCCGUUGCCAACUUUCCCGCGCUCCUGAGUUACAGUAUCGACCGAAACCUCUCUCCCAAGUUGGCUUUGCUACAACAACUGUUUUCCGACGGAGCGAUCGGCAAUUUGAUUGCAUAUCAUCCGCCGUUGCUCGGCUAUAGCUUUACUCGCCUGUAUUAUCGUUCGGGCAUCCUGCGCCAGCGGGAUUGCUUGCCGAAGCUCGCCAUAGUGAUGUCUUUGACCGAGGCGCAGUUUGCGAGGCGUUUUCCUGCGUGA